UAUCCCUUCAACCUCUCUAAACCCUCUCUCUCUCUCUCUCUCUCGAUGUGCAGAGAUGUCACUCUUAUCUCUCUCUCUACCCAACUUCCGAACGGGAAGCUUUCUCUCACUAAGAUCUCAGCAGCAUCUCUCUGCCAAGCCUCACCCGCUUCUCUCUCCUCCGCCCCUGUCCCUCCGUCCCGUCACGACAGCAGCUGCCCAGUCCUACCCGAGCCCCGCGGAGGACGACCCGCCGGAGGCCCCGGAGGACUCCGUCCACGGGGUCUCCAAGUUCCAGCAGAUCCACCGCCAGGCCGCCCGCGCCCGCAAGCUCCAGGAGGAGGACUUCAAGAAGCACCAGUCCACGUUCCUCUCCGCCAUUGCCGACGUGGAGGACGCCCCCGAUAGCCAAGGAGCUGCCGCUCAGGAUGACUCCGGCGACGACCUGUUCGGGGAAAUUGACAAAGCCAUUGCCUUGAAGAGGAGGGAGUUCGUGAAGCAGGGGCUCUUGGCGCCCAACACCAAGAAAGAGAAAGUGCUGGACGCGGAAGAAUUGGAGCCGGAAGAGGUAGUCGACUUGGAGGAGAUUCAAGAACUGCAGGGUCUAAGAGUCGUCUCUGCUGGUGAAGGCGAGGAGGACGAUGGUUCAAGAACAUUUGAUGACGAGGUGAGUGAUUCGGGCAAGGCCAACCGUGGGUCUGUCUCGGAUCCUUCCUUCGAUUUAGACUUUGACAUUUAUGGGAAAGCGCGGGCUAGAAUAGUAGAACCCAAGUUUAAAAUGACCCUGGCUGAGCUGCUAGACGAGAGCAAGGUUGUCCCCAUCUCUGUUUUCGGCAAUUUAGAGGUUGAGAUCACGGGGAUUCAGCACGACUCACGACUAGUCAGUUCGGGGGAUCUAUUUGUUUGCUGUGUAGGGAGGAAAACAGAUGGGCACUUGUUCUUGAGUGAGGCUGAUAAGAGAGGAGCUGUAGCCGUUGUGGCGAGUAAGGAGAUUGACAUAGAGGAGACUUUGGGUUGUAAGGCACUUGUGAUCGUAGAAGACACAAGUGCCGUGUUAGCCUCCUUGGCCGCUUCCUUUUAUAGGCAACCAUCGAGGAAUAUGUCUGUAAUUGGGAUAACAGGGACUAAUGGGAAAACUACAACUGCUUACUUGGUUAAAGGGAUGUACGAAGCAAUGGGACUGAGGACGGGGAUGUUAAGCACGGUAGCUUAUUAUGUUCACGGGGAUAAUAAAUUGGAGUCCCCGAACACAACCCCUGAUGCUGUUCUGGUCCAGAAUUUGAUGGCCAAGAUGCUUCAUAAUGGUACCGAAGCAGUGGUUAUGGAGGCUUCUUCCCAUGGACUGGCCCUGGGGAGGUGUGACGAGGUCGAUUUUGAUAUUGCAGUCUUUACGAACUUGACACGGGACCACUUGGACUUUCACGGAUCUGAGGAGGAGUACAAGGAGGCCAAGGCCAAAUUGUUCUCAAGGAUGGUGGACCCUGAGCGGCACCGGAAGAUUGUGAACAUAGAUGACCCAAAUGCUCCUUUCUUCAUUGCGCAGGGGAACUCAGACGUGCCUGUUGUCACCUUUGGGAUGGAGAAUAAGAAUGCUGAUGUUUAUCCUUUGAAGUUUGAACUCUCCCUGUUCGAGACUCAGGUUUUGGUUCACACGCCCCAGGGUAUCUUGGAGAUCUCAUCAGGGUUGCUCGGCAGGCAUAACAUAUAUAACAUUCUUGCAGCUGUUGCUGUUGGGAUUGCAGUUGGGGCCCCCUUAGAGGACAUUGUACGAGGUAUUGAGGAAGUGGAUGCUGUUCCUGGGAGGUGUGAGUUGAUAGAUGAGGAACAGGCUUUCGGAGUAAUUGUAGAUUAUGCUCACACUCCUGAUGCCCUGUCUAGACUCCUAGAUUCUGUGAGAGAACUUGGCGCGAGGAGGAUUAUCACUGUUGUGGGUUGUGCUGGUGAGAGCGACAGAGGGAAAAGACCUAUGAUGACGAAGAUUGCAACUGAUAAGAGCGAUGUGACGAUUUUGACAUCUGACAACCCGAAGAGUGAAGAUCCAUUGGACAUUCUCGACGACAUGCUUGCUGGAGUAGGAUGGACGAUGCAGGAUUACUUGAAAUAUGGAGAGAACGAUUACUACCCUCCACUUCCAAAUGGUCAUAGGCUCUUUCUGCAUGACAUCAGGCGAGUAGCUGUCCGUUGUGCUGUUGCUAUGGGUGAGGAAGGCGAUAUGGUCGUGGUUGCUGGGAAAGGCCAUGAAACUUAUCAGAUUGAGGGUGACAAAAAUGAGUUUUUUGAUGAUAGAGAAGAAUGUCGAGAAGCUCUGCAGUAUGUGGAUGAGCUGCAUCAAGCUGGAAUAGACACGAGCGAAUUUCCAUGGAGGCUACCUGAGAGUCAUUAAUGGAAAGAGAUGGACUAAGACGAACAAAACCAGCGAAGGAGCAGUAUUACACGGGGAGCAGCUCUCGCGACUGAGCUGUGAUGUGUCACACACUUUCCGGCUCUCUCAGCAACCCAAAGAGGCAGUCACUGAUCAAUUGCAGCAGUUACUGCCCAACUAAAUCAGCCGGCAGCAAUAUGUCUGCUGGGUCAGGAAAAGAAAAUCCAUUGAUGGAGGAGGAACCGGAGCCCGACCACCGACGUCUGCCUACAUCCCGGCAAGUUUUGUGAAAUAUGGAAGCCUUUUGUAGUAUCUCCUGCUGUGUAUAUUCAGUGUUGUCUUUUUGUCCUCGACAUGUAGUAUAGAUGCAUGAGCCAGUUGAGGAGAUGAUAAUGUAAAACGUUCUUAAUAAUAUAGAGGUGCCCUUAAAUUGAUCAA